UGAGCUUCAACAGCCGCGAAGAUCUGGCACGGGCGCAGUGUGAUGGGACAAGAUUGCCAAUGACUCCUCCCCUUGUUGUAUAUUGUACAGAACACGGACCACGGCCAUAACGAACACUCCCACCUGGGGUUAACUAAGAGGUGGUCAAGUAGCCAUCGACCAUUUCUUCUUCCUCUUCCACGUUCUCUUCCCAUCAGUUCUCCUCACCCCUCCUUGUUCUUCUUCUCUCACGUCCAUCGUUCCAACAGCACGCUGCGCUCGACGGCACAUGGCAUUCCCGCCAGCGACGCAACCGUGAUCCUCGACCCCCUCCUCAAUUCCCCUGGUUCCCGCCAUGGCCGCGGCGACUGCAGUGGUGCACGCCGCGGGCAGCUGGGAUGAUGGCCUUGUCGCUCCGCCACUCGCCAGCGCAAAACAGAGACUACAACAAAGCAAGCAGCAGUGCCGCUUACAGCGCGCAGUCAAACUACGAAAUCGAUCAUCCUCCAUUGACUCAGUCGCUUCACAGACGCACGAUCAGUACAAAGAUGGCACCUCGACUGCACAAGGAGCGACCUGGCUUGAUGACGAGCUCUGCAGCGUUUGCUCCAACCCAGUCAAGACGGCAGGCAGCCUGUACUGCUCUCAGGUCUGCAGGCAUCAGGAUGAACUCGCCUCUCAGAAUCUCGCUCACGAUGCCCUCACAUUAGCAGGGCACAUCUCGUCGACGAGCGUGUCACCGUCGGCUUUCGCUCCGAUUCCAGGGACCGCUGUCAAUCCCUCAUCGUCGAGUGGGGGCUCCACCCUUUUGGGACUUGACACGAGCUGGGGUUUGUCGACCAACGGGGUGGACCAGCUCGAUACACUGCGCUACACUGCACUUCCAUUGACUGCCGCAGGUACGCUCGGAUCACCAAUGGUACGUACAAGCCACCACAAUCUCGCCAGCGCAGACACUUCAGCCCCGCUUUCGCCCACAUUCAUGUCCCGCUCUGCAUCCAUCUCCGGCUCAUCAACGCAUGUACUCCCGCGCUCGGGCCGGCAACCAUCGAAGCAAAGCAUGGCAAGGUGGGCCUAUCCAUUUGCGAGGCCUUGUCUUAUAUCUCCACAGCAGCAGCAACAGAAUCAGCAUCAGCAUCAUUCAACACAGUCCCGACAGCACCGUUCAAGCUCAUCGUCUUCGAGUCGGUCCUCGUUGUCAGAGGAAGAAUCUCCAGACCCGGCAACACCGUCGCCCAACCUGUGGGCUUCGAGUGCACCACAUGCGCAUGCCAUGGGCGAGCCGUCCGCACUCAUGCUUCCUCCCUCGCUGCAUGCAGAGAUGAAGGGCAUGCAAAAGUUACCCCAUGCUGGCCGUCAGCAUACACAGCAACAGCAACUGCAACAGCGACAGCUGGCAGAGACAAUGCCGACGCCCUCGACGCUGGCUAGCUUUAUGCGCUACACACGGCGGCCAAGCAGUACAAACGUGCCUGCGCCCAUCCUCUUCUCCAGCCCGGUGCUUGCAGCGAUUAACAAAGUCAGCACAGGUGGAAGGACGCAUAUCGGCGCAAAGUCACCUGCUAAUGCUCUCGGUGCCAGCAACAGCGACAGCUGCAAUACAUACGGCAGGAAGAGCAAGCCAGUCACACCUAAUGGCAGCGGCUCGGACACCUCUGACCUUGACCUAUCCGGCGGCGAUCUUUCGCCUGGCUCCUCCGGAUUCGAGCUCGAGCAGCCGGGGUUUCCCGCGCACCGUCGCUCGCCUCUGUCGCAGACGGUCACUCUCCCUAACACCGACCGGGGUUCCCGGAGCGCUGGACCUGCCACGGCGCAGCCAUCGACAUCUGCCUCGAACAUCACAGCAGCCACCGUCACCACCACUGCCGUCACCAUACGCCAUGAAUCACCCGCAGGGCGCGCAAGCUGGCACAGUCGUAUGUCAUCCGACUCAGUCCUGUCGUCGAGGUCGUCGCGUUCCACCGGGUUGACACCCCGGCGACCGACCGUGGCGCAUGCUGCAACCGUACCGCUGCAAGUCUCCCCCUCCAUGGCUUCGGUCAUCCUGCUGACAUCGACCUCGAGCGGCGGCUGCGACGUUGACUCGUUCCAGCAGCAACCGUCACUUGCCUUGGUGCCGACCACGGUGCGGGGGCUGACGAAGCACAACAGCGCGUCGUCUGCUAGCGCCGGCAGCACCGGCCGAAGCAUUGGAACUGCGCCAGUCGAGCUUCCUUCUCCCUUACGCGACUUGUCAGGCAUGCAGCGGGCGCAAGAAGCAGCGGCGGCUGCGGCAGUGGCGGUUGUAGAAGCAGCGCAAGGCGACCCGCGAGGACGGUCUAAAGCGCGCGGUCCUCGCUCUUCUUCUUGUCGACGCAGUCCCAGUCCACCCAGGCGCGGCGACCGCCGGCGCUCGCGAGCAGCGUCCGACGCCGCAGCAGCAGCAGGAAGCAUUGCAUCACGGGGCAGCGAUCGCGGCCUACCCAGCGCAGCUGUCCCACUCGGCCUGGACAGUGAAGCGCCCAGCGACGCCCUGUUUGGCGCCGAUGACGAUAAUGACCAGAAUCAGAACGACGAAGAAGAGGAGGAGCGGACGCGCGGGCGGCAGGGCAAGCGCUUCAACGCGCGUCUCUCGCGUGGCUUUGGCGCCGGCGGCUUGGUGCACGAGGCGAUCUGCGAGCAGGUCUUGCCUGACUACGGGCACGAUGACGCUUGAUGCGUGCGCGUAACCAUCUUCAGAGGCAGACGAGCGGAGGCUGCCUGCUAGGUAUGUGUCGAAAUGGCUUUUCGACUCGGCAACAAUUUGCAUAUGCUCGCAAGCAGAGCACAAGAUACACGUUCGCAUCACCACUUCUCUUCACAUUCUCCCACUCGGAUAAUCGAAAAAAAUGUUCAAAUGCAUGAACGAAUCCGCAAAGCGGUGCUAUUCGGAACAACAGGUGAAAUCAAAUCAUAUCACAAAAGAGAAAUCGAGAGCGCAGCAAUCGUCCCUAAUCAUCACUCCUAUUCCACAUCAGCAUUCCAUUCCGAUCACCAACCUGUCAUCCCGAAAAGCGUUCAGGCGCACGCUGGAGCGGCCCAUUACGCUUCUUAACAAAUGUAUCUCGCAAGCAUUGCAUUCAAUCAGAAAGAAAAGAAAUCAG